AAAAAAACAAAACUAUUGUCAUAAAAACAAGGUACAAAAUACGGAACCAGGCAUUCGGUUCAUACGCAUAUAGACUGACUUCGUUUGUUGUUUAGCUAAAGUGUUUCGACAUGCUUGGGAGCCAUCACAAAAAACUUACGUGAUGCAGGUUUUGAAAACUUCCAUAUGGCUGAGCUUUUGGAAAGGUUUUCCAAUUCAUUGAGCAAAGCUGAACAAGCGGUUAAGAAUGAUUGUCCUGACAAACUGCGAGAUGUAUUAAAAAACGAAAGGACUGCGUUUACAAGUGAUUUAGUAACAGAGAAAAGUCUUGUUAAUCAUCAAAUACGUGAAAACCUACUUCAUUUUGCUGUUCACCAGUCAGCCAGUCGGUGUAUUAAUCUGCUCUUAAAUCCACCUUUUUGUUGGAAUGCAGAAUCCCCUAACUCUCUUGGUCAUACUCCAUUAGAUUUAGCUAUGAGGCGACGUUACUUGCCUGUUGUUUAUCUCCUUGCGUCACAUUCAGAUUCUCCUUAUUCUUACAAAAAACAUCCCUUUUCUGUUGAGCUUCUGUUGAUUGAGCCCUGUUCUAUUGAAUUGAUAUCAGGAGCAUUAAACGCUAACUAUGAUUCUCAAAACUCUGACUUAGCGUGGUUAUUUGGUUCAUGUAUGUAUGGUGAAAAUAUCCGAUGUACGGCUGGAAAUAUCAUCUUAUUAUUUGAACUACUACUGUCAGGACCUGUUUGCCCACUUAAUACUGCUCUUUGGUUAGCUCUUGGACGGGUUUCCUUAGUGAAUUCUCAUAAUAUUUCUUGUACAUCUUAUCCAAAUUGUUUGUUUAAUAACGACAUUAACAUUUGGAAUACCAGUUGGCAUGAUUUAUUUAUCGCCUGGGCAUCGCAUCGAUCACUUACAGGGAGCCAGUCUAAUGAAUGUGAUCAGCAACACGUUCUUUCUUUCGGUCCUUUAAGUCUUAUGGAUUUUUGUCGAGUUACAAUCAGGAGACAUGUUUUAGCUGUCAUAGACGUUCGUAGACAAGCCUAUAAAAAAUCCAACUCUGUGAAAUAUUAUAAUUAUGCUAGUCUUAUUAAAAAGUUGCCUAUUCCAGCAAAACUACGUGCUUUCUUGUCCUAUUGUGAUUUAUGGCCGGAUUUGGAUAGAUCUCAAGUCAAAGUCGUUAAAGGAAACCAAUUUCAUCGCAAUCAAAUAACAGAUACUAUGAUUAACAAUAUAUUUUAUGAAAAUAUAGAGUUGUAAAAAUUCUAUUAAUUAUCCUGUCUUUAUGCUUCAUAUCAGUCAUAAUUGUAACCGCAAAUAUCAUUUUAUUUUUAAUUUGUUUGUUUCAGAUCAUAAAAUUUUCUGACUUUUUCUGUUCUUCACCGCUAUAUUUUUUUAAUAUUGAUUAAUAAAUUUACAUUUUCCGAUUACUGCUUAUACUCUUUCUACCUUUACCACUACGGGAUUUGAACUGAUAACUGCAUCUCUGUGCUAAUGUGGUAUGGCAACUCGAACUGAUGUACAUACGAACGAAGUUCCACGUUGUUACUGACUGACUGAUUGUUGGUCGUUUUAAGACACAUAUGUGUUUCAACACAUUGCUUUAUAUAAAGAAAUAGAUGUCUGGAUCUCACCAAACAUUAGAAAAUAAAAAUAAAAACGUCAUCUAUCCCAUCUUAAUGAUGUAAAUACCGAGGGUACAUUUGUACAAAAU